GACUUGACAGUGGAGCUAAAGCCGCAGCAGAGAGCGUCGAACAGGGAGAUGGAGUGGGAGCUGAGCUGCUGCUGCUGCAGACGGACGAUGUUUGGUCCAAAUUCUGACACAGAAUUCUCCACAGCUUCGGCGUGAAUCCAGGACAGCUGCGCGUCAUGAAGCCGGAGUCUCAGUGAGCCUCUCCUAGGUGAGUUGGCAUGGCCCAGUGAUGAACGGAGCGGUGGUGCCUGGUAGCCCGGAGCUCUCCUCCACAUGCCCACUGCCUGACUGGCGAGAGUUCUGUGAGCUUCACGCUCAAGCCUCUGCUUCAGACUUCGCUGACAAGUUCCGGCGUUUCCUAUCAGAGAACCCAUGCUACGAUUCACCCGGUGCCGAUGCAAGCUUCUCUCAGCAUUUUGCCCAACACUUUCUGGAGUGUUUCUCUACAGCUUUGAUGCAGGCCCGGGAGAACCAGACUUCCUCUGGUGACGACGGUUCCAACUCAGCAUCCAAAUACAGCAUUGUUCCUUUCCUGGGAAUCCAGGGCUGCCCGUUGUCUUACAGCCACGACCUCUACCACAGACGCAAGGACGCUGGGGCUUCAAGUGAAUCCCUGGACAGUAUGGAUAGCGGAGGGGGAGGGUUAGAGGAGGGAGCCUCCCGGGGUCCCCAAACAACCCAUAAGGUGCCUGCUCUGGGCCAGUCCCGCAGCUCAGAGGACGUUUCAGUCAGUCACCCCAAGGCUCGCUUCAAGAAAGGCUUCUCACUGAGGAACAUGAGUCUGUGUGUGGUGGAUGGGGUGAAGGAAAUGUGGCACCGCCGCGCCUCCCCUGAACCUGACAUUCUCUCCGGAACCAGGAAGUCUAAUGGGGGAGGAGCGGGUGAAGCAGCAGCAGGAGAGAAGUGGUCCCAAAAGCUCAGGCUUCCCAGGGCUUCCCAGGGACACAAAGCCGAGCUGCUGGAAGUCCAAAGAGAAGGCACACUGAGAUACAUGGUGGCCGAUGACACAAACUGUAUGGGUGCGGUGCAGUGGCAAAAGUGCCGCCUGUUGCUUAGGAAGUCCAGAAGAGAGGAGGGAGGCGAGAGCUUCCUGUUGGAGUUCUACGUACCACCCAAGUCUUCGAAACCCAAGGUGAGCAUUCCUUUGUCAGCCAUUGUGGAGGUGAGGACCACCAUGCCACUGGAGAUGCCUGACAAGGACAACACCUUUGUUCUCAAGGUGGAAAAUGGGGGCGAGUACAUCCUGGAAACCAUUGACUCACUGCAGAAAAACUCUUGGGUUGCUGACAUCCAGGACUGCAUAGACCCUGGUGACAGCGGGGACGAUAUCGAGCUGGCGUCAUGUCCUCAUGGUCAGUCCUCAAAAGACUGCUCCAUGGUGGCGUCAUGCAGCUGCGAGCUUCUGUCUGAAGGCGUCUAUCGUGGCUCAGAGAGGUCAUGCCCUACUGGAGUGGAACACUACAGUGCCCCUUCAGUACGGUGCAGGGAACCCCCCUUCACCCAGCACCCAUCCCACAUGCCUUUAGAGCGCUUCCUCCAGUCCCCAGAAGCUCAGGGGUCAAACCUGAACACAGGCAAUGAAGGAGGAAAAGACUCAGAGGGUGAUGCUAGCCUAGCAGGGUAUCCAUGGUUCCAUGGUACACUUUCCCGUGUGCGGGCAGCUCAGCUGGUGCUUGCAGGAGGAGCCAGGAGCCACGGGCUCUUUGUGAUACGCCAAAGUGAGACACGGCCGGGCGAGUACGUCCUUACCUUCAACUUCCAGGGUAAAGCCAAGCAUUUGCGUUUAUCAGUGAAUGAGAAUGGACAGUGCCAUGUUCACCACUUGUGGUUCCACACCGUGUCGGACAUGUUGAGACACUUCCAUGCCCACCCCAUCCCUCUGGAAUCUGGAGGCUCUGCUGACAUCACGUUACGCUCUUAUGUACAAGUGCAGCGCCGCGCCACCACAGAUGUGGCCCCUCUUCCAGUCCUCACCCCGCCUAGGGACACAGGCUGCCAGACAGAUUCAGCCCCACCAGCUGUUCAUCCUCCUGUGAUUGCAACACCAGCGGGGCCUCCUCCUGAUGCCCCACUCUCCUCGAGUAGCUCCUCCUCACCCACUGGCCUCCCAUCCCUCUCCCGCAGUGACCCGGGCACAGGAGGAGGGUUUCAGAGCCGCAGCAACAGCUCAGAGCGUUUACUGGAAGCCUCCAGUGGUGCAUCAGAUGAUUACCAUGACCCUGAUGGAACUCGCCGGGCUCGAGCUGUGGAGAACCAAUACUCUUUCUACUAAGGUUGGAGACACGGGAUGCUCUGCUCAUUUGUCCAAAUCCCUGAACAACCUGUGGCUUGAGUCACAUACUUUUGAUUCACAUCUCGUUCACCCUUACCCACAGUUCUGUGGAUGCACCACCACACAACUGAAGGAUGAAGAGCUGAAACUACCCCAAAGAAACAGUUCCUCCUCUUAGAGUUCCACUGAGCACCCCCUGCCGAUUUGUCCAGAAAGGUUCACUUCUAGCUCAGCUCAACAAAAACGCUAGUGCAGCAGUUCUGACAUAUUAGCGUUUCCGCUUAAAAUUUCACAACCUAAAAGACUUAGUGCCUGACUAUUACUUUGGACUCAACAUGCUUUUGCUCAUAGUGACAAGAACACUUCUGUCUGACAUCACAACACCCCAAAAACUACAUUCAGGUGAUUCUUAUAGCACCCAUUUUUGCUUGGUUUUACUGACAGCUUCAAAAUGCAAGUUCAGUCUGGGUGGUUGUCAUUUAGCUGUUAUUCUGGGUUAUAUCUAUGAGCAUGUGGUGGAGUAUUAGAGUCAGAACAUUUUGUCGCUGAUAGAUGUUGCUCCAGUAGUGUAACGUGGUUUUUGAGAUCCCUCCGUCUGGUGCUGGUUCUCUGUUCAUCAUAUCAGUGACUUGUAGACUAGACAUACUGUUAAUACACAAGUUCUCUAUAAAGUAAUGCCUUGAAGAUAUUAUUA